AUGGCCACCACCACCUCUUCGGCCGCCAGCUCGCCGACCGUUCCUCCGCAAGGUGGCAUCCUCGAAGGUGGUAAUCCAUCCCACUAUGACCCCAAGAAUCCGAUUGUCAUCUUCAUCAUUCAGGCUUCGAUCAUCAUUAUUCUAUGUCGCCUGAUUCACUGGCCCCUUUCCAGGAUCCGGCAGCCUCGUGUGAUCGCAGAGGUCAUUGCCGGCAUCGUCCUGGGUCCAUCAGUAAUGGGACGGAUCCCCGGAUUUACAGAUGCAAUCUUCCCUGCUGCAUCUAUUCCCAACCUGACUCUGGUUGCCAACUUGGGUCUCGUGCUUUUUCUGUUCCUCGUCGGCCUCGAGACCGACCUGCGUUUUCUCGUCAGUAACUGGCGGGUGGCGGCGAGCGUCUCGGCUGCGGGGAUGAUAUUGCCCUUCGGACUCGGUUCCGCUAUAUCGUAUGGUCUGUAUCACACGUUUCGAACGGAGCCCGGCAUGGUUCAUAUCGAUUUCGGUACAUAUCUGCUCUUCAUUGGUAUUGCGAUGGCGAUCACGGCAUUUCCGGUGUUGUGCCGUAUCUUGACCGAGUUGAAACUCCUGGGGACCAAUGUCGGUGUCAUUGUACUGUCUGCCGGUGUAGGCAACGAUGUUGUUGGUUGGAUCUUACUCGCCCUUUGCGUCGCUCUCGUCAAUGCGGGCAGCGGGAUCACGGCCCUCUGGGUGCUGCUUGUCGCAACCGGCUAUAUCGUGUUCCUGGCGCUCGUAUUCCGUCCUUUGUUCCUGCGCUUCCUCAACAAGACCGGUAGCUUGCAAAAAGGACCCAGUCAAUCUGUGGUGACGCUCACCCUUCUCAUCGCUCUUGCCUCGGCAUUCUUCACCCAGGUCAUUGGGAUUCACGCUAUCUUUGGAGGAUUCAUCAUUGGAUUGUUAUGCCCCCACGAAGGUGGUUUCGCUAUCAAGUUGACCGAGAAGAUUGAAGACUUGGUCGCUGUUUUGUUCCUUCCAUUAUAUUUCACUCUUUCCGGACUCUCCACCAACCUCGGCCUGCUCGACAACGGUACUGUCUGGGGAUAUGUCGUUGGCGUUAUUGCGAUUGCCUUUUUGGCCAAGGUGGCAGGUGGUGCUCUAGCCUCGAGAUUAUGUGGCCUGCUGUGGCGGGAGAGUUUCUCCAUUGGCGUUCUGAUGAGCUGCAAGGGUCUUGUUGAGCUGAUUGUCUUGAACAUUGGUCUCCAAGCACGCAUCCUCAGCACCCGCACAUUCACAAUCUUCGUUGUCAUGGCCCUGGUGACGACUUUUGCGACCACCCCUUUGACCAGUCUGUUGUAUCCAAAAUGGUAUCAGAUCAAGGUGGAGCGCUGGCGUCGCGGGGAAAUCGACUGGAAUGGUGAUCCGAUCCCAUCCCAUGGGCGUCAGGACAGUGUUGCUGCUGCGAAAGAGCAGCUCAAGACUGCACCAGUUCGCAAGCUACUCGUUUACCUGCGCCUUGAUGGGCUGUCCAGCAUUUGUACCCUGGCUGCCCUGUUGGGCCCUAGUGGACUCACCGCGCCGCCAUCCCCAAAGCUGCAUCCGACCAAGCUCAAGGCAGCCCUGUCAUCUGCAGAACCGGCAGCGGAAGAGUGCGCCGAGACAGAAGUCCAGCCGGAACCUGCGCUGCAGGUCCAUGGCGUCAGGCUGGUAGAACUUACCGAUCGAGACUCUAGUGUCAUGAAGGUCUCCGAGAUCGACGAGUACGCGCUGUGGGAUCCUGUCAUCAACACCUUCCGGGCUUUCGGUCAAUGGCGCGAUAUUUCGAUCAUGGCCGGGGUAUCCGUCGUUCCCGAGUACUCCUAUGCGGACACCGUCGUGGGGAUGGCUCGCGAAGAAUCCACGGAUCUCCUACUAAUCCCAUGGAGCGAGACGGGUGCCAUGAGCGAGCUUCAAAGUGGACUUGGAAUCGACGAGGCCAGUAGAUUCGUCAACGGCCCCUACACAGACUUUGUUUCCACCGUGCUCUCUACCACGACGAGCAACGUGGGCGUCCUCGUCGAGAGAAGCGUGUACAGCCACAGCUCCGGCAAGCCGCGGCCCCAACUCAGAAAAACAGCAAGUGCUCUCAGUAUUCGCAGCUCCGUCUGGGGUGCUAGCCCGGCCGCAGCCCGGUCCCAUCAUAUUGUGUUACCGUUCUUUGGCGGUGAUGAUGGCCGCUUUGCCCUCCAAUUCGUUCUUCAGCUCGCUCAAAACGACCAGGUCACGGCGACGGUGCUACACAUUGAUGUGCCUUCCACACCUCCAGCAAAAAUAUCCGUCACCAACACCACGCGCUCCAAAGGGGAGAGCUCGACCAGCCCGCCAGUCCCAUCAGUGACAUCGCAACAGCCCGAGAGCGAUGGUGCCUUCUUUGCCUUGAUGCAAGAUUCACUCCCGGAUGAAUUCAAGUGUCGCGUUGUCUUCACACGUCUCACCCUAAAAGCGGACGAAAAGAAUGUGAUUGAAUUUACUGUCGACGCCGUGAAAGAAGAAAUGUCACAGACAACACACAAGGCCGGAAACAUCGUCGUGGUUGGAAGACGCAACAAUGGGCUGGAGCAGACUUUAGCAGCCGUUUCUUCUCUGGACGAGGUCGGAGCCGACGCCAGACAGGCUCUUGGUGCUGUUGGUCAGGCCAUGGUACGGACUGAGAAUAGAAUUGUGGGUAAUGUACUUGUCCUCCAGGCAGGCACGAUGAACUUGCCGCAGUAA